UUACAUUUGUAUACAAGCCUCAGUUUGAAAAAGGAAAAGUGAAACUUUUUUUUUUUUUUUUAUUCUCGACCUUUAUAUCGUUACUUGAAGCGCGUCUGAAUUGAAGAUGUAACAAGGGUUUUAGAAGAUUUGCAAAAAUAAUUAAAUUCUAUCUUUGAGAAUUCAUAGAUUAAUAAUCUUAAUCCAUUAUUGACGAGCACAGUCUGGUUAAAUGGCUUCAAUUAGAUGUCUACAUUUAAGUAACUACAUUUAUUCAUAGUUAACAGUCGUUUAUAAUACAGAGAACGUUAUACAAUCCAAUGUUUUUAUUGUUCAGUUUUUUAUUCUUCGUUCCUGCAUACUUUUCGAGUUAAUACGAGUCAAAAUGCUUAGUAAAAUACAGCCAAUCGCUAGGGUUAUCUGCCAAAAUAUAACUGGACGUUUUAUCCAUAACCCAUCAGCAAGGAGAACAAUGAAGAGUGGUAUCCGGUUCUCCAAAACUGCCAAGGAAUUGCCAAAGGUGGUUGCAUCAAAAGAUUACAGUGAACCUAAUUCCAGCUGGUCUCAGGAAAUGAUGAAACUAUACGAGCAGUACAUUGAGAAGACGAAAGAUGGCUCUUGGAAGAAAUUGCCAAGUUAUAACCGAUUUCUUGUAUUAAAUGAAGAUGGGCAUUUUAUAGACAAAUUUCCACCAUCUAAAGCAAGACUGUUUACAAGAAACACUGAAGAGGAGGGUUCCAUGUUUGAAUAUGUAGUCUUUGCAAAUAAAGUUGAAAAGAAAGCAGUUGGCCUUUUCCAAUCCGGAGACCUGCUUGAGGGGCCUUCAGGUUUUGUUCAUGGGGGAGCAAUUGCCACAAUAGUUGAUGCAGUGUCAGGAACAUUAGCCACAUAUGUUGCAGGCUUUGUCAUGACUGCCAGCCUGAACCUUGACUACAAGAAUCCCAUUCCUUUAGGAAGCACGGUCAUCAUAGAAUGUCAACUUGAGAAAAAGGAAGAAAGAAAGUCAUAUGUAAACACUCGAGUAAUAAGCCAUGAUUGUACUAAAUUGCACACUGAGUCCACAGCUCUGUUUGUGUCUGUUAACCAGAAAAAUCCAUACCAGGGCUAAAAUGCUCUUAGAUUAUUUCUGUUCUGCACAAUCAUUAACUAACCCAUCAAUAUCAACAUUAAAAAGUGAAAUAAAAAAAAAUCUUUGAAAGUCAAAGGUUUAUAGAAUAUUUAUGUACAAAUGAUAUAAUAUAAAUCGAAGUAAGUUAUGUCCAAACUUUACAACAUACUUCUCUGUAAACAUCUGUAGUAUUGUGUGAUUUUCUCUGUAACAUGCUGCAAAAGUUAUAUUGGAUGCACUACAAUAAAUAUAGUAAAGUUAAACCAUAUAUGUACCAAGAAUGAAGGAUUUGCCAAACUUCAGCAGGAUUAAGAGUCUUAACACCGAGCACUGAAAGGCAUCAGCAAAGUGACUGUAGUGAUUAGACCUGUUAGAGGACAUCUCUGGAAGAGAGUACACAUGCAUUUAUUGUUUUGUUUUGUUUUGUUUCUCUUUAAAAUCAGUCUGAUUUAUGACAACAUUUCAUUUUCUAAUAUGGUAAUGUCUGAUUAAAAGAAUGUUUUACAUAGACAUACCUCACUUGUACUUAUCUAGACAUUUUUUCCUCAGUUUUACUGCAGACAACAUUUAAAGCAGUCUGCAGUUUGUCUUAAACAGGCAUGAUGCACAAACUAAAAGCUGUAUACAUUAAACAGUUACUGUACUUAACAAAUCGGAGAAGCGCCAUUAGUAAGUGAGUUAAGACUAUCAUGGUCACAUCAGUAUAAAUAAAUGUGUACCCCAGCCUGAAUUUUCAAAAUUGAAUAGAAAGUUUUUAAAUCUUUACAUUUAGUUAUGUGUUUCUACCUACGUCACUAUGUGCUAUUUUGGUAUUUCUUGGCUUGCCAUCUAGCUUUGCUCUUUUAUAUUUAUUUACAUUUGUGGUUGGAUAGCUUGUUGUCCUUGACAAAAGACAGAUUUUACAAAUAGAGGCUUUUUUUGCUGAGGUUUGGCCUGCACUCCCUGUUGUCAUGCAUAGUGAGGCACACACAUUUUUGUGACCAGAUUUAUACUUCAUGUAGUAAUAUCUGCAAGUGCAUAGUUUUCGUAGUUAAUGUGAUGUUAUGUGAAUGAGGCAUAUGAGCACUCCAGACCUGUUAAAUUAUCACACAUAAUAAUAAAAGUGCAACACUCAGACGUGUGUAAUGUGUAAGGACUCUAAUAAAGAUUGCUAAGGAAUUAAGCAUUCUGGCUGAUGGAAGCAUAGAGAAUUAUAAGCUUCAAAAAGGAUAGAUGACUAUUUAUAACAUUGUUGCAAAAUGGUAAAGUAUGUUGUUUGAGGUGUGCCUAUUCACUGAUUAUUGUCUAGUCAUGAACAGUGUUUCUUAUGCAAUGACAUUUCAUUGCCUCCAUAAUGCAAACAGUUCCUCCAUGUGAAAUUAACAUUUCUUCACUUUUUCUGUAUAUUGUCAUUUGGCAGACAAAGGUUGUCCUCUGUGAAGUGCAGACUAUCUGUAAACUCACUCAUGAAGUUAGCUUAAGGAGUGAAACCUAAGUUGCAAAAAAUAAUAUAAAAAAGAGAAAUUGAAAAAGUAUUAUCACAGGAUAAAUUUUGUUUUUUGGAUGGUUGACUGACAAAUUAGCUUUGUGAACACCUUAAUAAUCUUCUGGACAGUUUUACAUUCUUCAAAUGGAAACUUGCACCAUACUUUUCAACCCAUAUUUGCGUGAAUGCAUUUUUCCAAUAGGAAAUAUCCAUCCAUCCAUUUUCCAACCCGCUGAAUCCGAACACAGGGUCACGGGGGUCUGCUGGAGCCAAUCCCAGCCAACACAGGGCACAAGGCAGGAACCAAUCCCGGGCAGGGUGCCAACCCACCACAGGACACACACAAGCACACCCACACACUAGGGCCAAUUUAGAAUCGCCAAUCCACCUAACCUGCAUGUCUUUGGACUGUGGGAGGAAACCGGAGCGCCUGGAGGAAACCCACGCAGACACGGGGAGAACAUGCAAACUCCACGCAGGAAGCGAAUCCAGGUCCCCAGGUCUCCCAACUGCGAGGCAGCAGCGCUACCCACUGCGCCACCGUGCCGCCUAGGAAAUAUUCAACUCCUAAAUAUUGUUUCAGGUAACAAGGCAAAAUUGACUCUCAAUUAAAUCAGUCUAUUUCCUUCCAAUUUAGUAUACUUCCGUGUACUUAAAAUGCUUUGUUCCAUUCAUAAAAGAACAAAUCCUCUGAAUGAAACUUGAUUCAGAUGAAUUGAGGGUUGUGGAGGCAAGAAAUAAUUGAAAGCUAGAACUUGUCCUGAUGUUGUAUUAGUUUACAUUGCAAAUAAAAUAUUUUAACAAGUACAAACUUUCUGUUAUUUAUAUUACUGUACAUGCUGACUACUUUUUUCUGGAGAGCCUGUGUAUUCUGGGCCAUCAUUAUCAUAUUCAUUAUUUUCUCUCUGUCCACAUUCUAAUUAUCCACAUAUUGAUUACCAUUUGUAUUCUUUGUACAUUUAUGUUAUAAAAUUGUUUUUUUAGAAAUGUGAUUAAAAUAAACAUAUCUUUAAGUCUC